AUGGAGAGGAUCGCAGCGUUGGAGAGGGAGCUGGAGAAGGCUAGAUCCCUGGAAAGUGUGAGCACCGCCAAUUGCGCGCCAAUCGCAGUUGGCCCAAGCGCAGUUGGCGCCAACAGUGGAGCGUCGGGGCGGCCGCCAUUUUGGAGCGACCAGCCAAUACCCACAUCUAACGGAGAGGCCUUACAUAACGGGGUCGGGUCGGUGCCAUACAACGGUGACGGUGCGAGCGGUGCGGCCUGCACGCUGCCGCCAUCUUCGAGUGGACCGCCAUUGCUAACGACUAGCAACUAUUUUGUGGAGCCACUGUGUGCAACAGGCACUGCGCAGCCAGGGCAUGGACUCGUGCUACCGGGCGUGAGCAUCCACAAUGCGGCAACAGCACUUGUCGGAUCCUACGCCGCGACGACGCCGAUGGGAAUCCAGGGAGCAUAUGGGCCAAGGAAGCUUCCGGACUUGCCUAUAUUUGGAGGGCAGCCCGAGGAGUGGCCGAUCUUCAGCUGUGCGUUCGUGGAGACGACCCGAGCGUACAACUGCACGGACCUGGAGAACAACCAGAGGUUGUUAAAGGCGCUGAAGAAUGAAGCGCGCGAGGCAGUGAAGGCGCUAUUGAUUCAUCCAGUAAAUGUCAGCGCCGUGAUGGAGCAGCUGCGCUUUAGGUUCGGACGACCGGAGCAGCUUAUACGCAGCCAGCUCAACAACGUGCGAGAGGUGCAGCCAAUUUCGGAGCACAAUUUGGCGAAGAUCAUUCCCUUCGCAACCCGAGUGAGUAACCUCGCGGCCUUCUUGCAGUCAGCGAAGGCGGAGCAGCACCUGGGGAACCCAACCCUCAUGGAGGAGCUUGUGGCCAAGCUGCCAACGAGCAAGCGAGUGGACUGGGCCAGGCAUGCUGCAACGAUUGCGCCCUUUCCCACUGUAGUCCACUUCAGCGCGUGGCUACAGGAGUACGCAAACGUGGUGUGCACGGUUUUGGACGUCGAGGGAAAGGAGCCGAGGCGUCGACUUCUACAUGCAAGCGUCGACCAUAAUGAAUGCGAUCAACAGGAUGAUCGGCAUGGAGGUUGUCUCAUCUGUGGAGGACAACAUGGAAUAUUGAACUGCAGAGAAUUUAUUGGAGCCUCGCCACAGGAAAGGUGGAGCAAUGUGAAGAGGCAUCGGCUCUGCUUCAAAUGCCUGCGAAGCGGGCACACGGCUAGAUCCUGCUAUACGCAAGGUGAGUGCCAGAUUAAUGGAUGCCGAAGGGAGCAUCACCGUCUGCUACAUGGUGCGGACGAGGAGCGAAGGCCGCUGCAGCGAGGUGGCUUCAGACGCCACGAAGGGAACCAGCAGCCAGCAGUUUCCAGACGCAGCCCGGCCAGGGACCAGGAGAGGAACCAGCAGCCAGCAGUUUCCAGACGCAGCCCGGCCAGGGACCAGGAGAGGAACCGGCAGCCAGCCGUUCCCAGCAACAGCCUGGAGAGAGGAGCUCCGCGUGAAGCGGGAACGCCCAUGCAGAGGAAUUUGAGCUGCGUUGACGCCGAAGGAGGCCGUCUACUGUUCCGUAUACUGCCGGUUUCGCUGUACGGAGCGGGGCGAAUGGUGGAUACGUAUGCUCUCCUAGAUGAGGGUUCCUCCGUCACGAUGAUCGAUGACGAGCUACGAAAGGAUCUUGGAGUGCAAGGAGAGCGUCGGCAGCUACAUAUCCAAUGGUUUGGAGGUAAGGCAACCAGAGAGCCUACCAACGUGACAUUAAGCCGACGAGAUGUCCAGGGCGUGCACAGGGAUGCGCGACUGCCGAUGAAGCCUUACAGCAACGUGGUGCCGAAGCUGCUCAUCGGCCUGGAUCACGGACAUCUGGGGUUGCCAUUUAGGACGAGGCGGUUCGCUCGAGAGGGACCGUAUGCGGCCGCAACCGAGCUGGGCUGGGUUGUGUUUGGGCCUGUAAGUGGGCAACCGACCACGCCGUCACCGAGGUCCUGCCUACUUGCCGUGCCAGUGGAUGACGCGAUGGAAAAGAUGGUGGAGGACUACUUCGACAUGGAGAACUUUGGAGUGAAGCCCGCGCCGCCGGUCGCAGCCAGCGACGAUGUUCGGGCCCAAAGGAUACUCGAAGACACCACGGUGAAAGUGGGGCGUCGCUACCAGACGGGAUUACUCUGGAAGGACGACCACGUUGUGCUGCCACCGAGCUAUGAGAUGGCGUACAGGAGGCUGGUCAACGUCGAGAAGAAGAUGAAGCGCAACAAGCCGUUGGCGCAGGAAUACGAUCGGAUUAUAAAGGAUUACGUGUCUAAAGGAUACGCGAGGAGGCUGCAGCCGGAGGAGGUCGCGGUAAGGAGCGAUCGCCUAUGGUAUUUGCCACAUUUUGGUGUCGAAAACCCAAACAAGCCCGGCAAGGUACGGCUUGUGUUUGAUGCUGCAGCCAAAGUUGGAGGAACCUCGCUAAAUUCGGAGCUGGACAAAGGGCCUCAGCACUAUAAGCCUUUGCCGGCUGUGCUCUUUCAUUUCAGAGAGGGAGCCGUCGGAGUCUGCGGUGACAUCAAGGAGAUGUUCCACCAAGUGCUGAUCCGACCCGAGGAUAGAUGUUCCCAACGAUUCCUCUGGAGAGAUGGCGACGACGAGAGAGAUCCGGAUGUCUACGAGAUGAACGUAAUGACGUUUGGAGCAGCCUGCUCGCCGAGCGCUGCGCAUUACGUGAAGACUAUGAAUGCCCUGAAGUAUCGGGAUUCGGAUCCGAGAGCGGUCAAGGCCAUCACCGACUACCAUUAUGUCGAUGACUACGUGGACAGUUUCGCUACAGAGAGCGAGGCUAUCAGCGUAUCUACCCGAGUGAAGGAGAUACACAAGGAUGCUGGAUUCGAAUUAUGCAAGUUUUCAUCCAGCUCACCCACCGUGGAGACGGCUUUAGGACCUGGUCGAGUCAAGAGCGUCGGAUGGGGUGAGGCUGAAGAGAAAAUCCUCGGAAUGCGUUGGCAAGUAGCAACAGAUGACUUCAGAUUCAACGUGAAGUAUCAUCGAGUGCCAAGCAGCGUCCUGAGUGGAGAUCGAGUCCCUACGAAGAGGGAAUAUUUGAGCCUGGUGAUGUCAACGUUUGAUCCCCUGGGAUUCCUGUGCUGCCUCAUGGUUACAGCGAAGCUGCUGCUGCGAGAGAUUUGGAGGCAGAAGAUCCAGUGGGACGAACCACUACCGGAGGAGUUAGGCAAAGCCUUUGCGAUUUGGCGCAAAGAGAUGGACGCCGUGGGACAGUUCCGAUGUCCGCGCCAUUAUUUUGGGCGUGGAGCAGUCCGGGCCGUAGAGUUGCACGUCUUCGUGGAUGCUAGUCAGGCAGCAUAA